UAAAAAAUCUUUAAUGAGAUCUGAGAGAAAAACCACUCGCAGUAACAAACACCAUUAAUUACAUUUCACUCUUUAUUCUCUUUAACCCUAACCGCUAUCUCCUCUUUAAGUACACCCAUCACCUUCUUCCCGCUUUCUCAUUCGCCCCCUAGCCCAUUCACUCCACUCACUCUCUCUCUCUUUCUCCCAGAACCUCACUAACAAUGGCUAUUGCAAAUGUGCUCUGUUUUGUUUUACUCACACUUUCCUCUUUCGCGGCGGUGAAUGCUAAAAUUCCUGGUGUUUUCACCGGUGGGCCAUGGCAGAGUGCCCAUGCUACUUUCUACGGUGGCAGUGACGCCUCCGGAACUAUGGGUGGUGCUUGUGGGUAUGGGAAUCUUUACAGCCAAGGCUACGGCGUCAACACGGCCGCAUUAAGUACGGCUCUGUUCAACAACGGUCUGAGCUGCGGCGCGUGCUUUGAGAUAAAGUGCGCGGACGACCCCAGAUGGUGCCACUCUGGUGGUUCUUCCAUCUUCGUUACUGCAACCAACUUCUGCCCGCCGAACUUCGCUCAGCCGUCUGACAAUGGCGGCUGGUGCAACCCUCCCCGCCCUCACUUCGACCUCGCCAUGCCCAUGUUCCUCAAGAUCGCUGAGUACCGCGCUGGUAUUGUUCCCGUUGCUUACCGCAGGGUGCCAUGCAGAAAGCUAGGUGGAAUCAGAUUCACCGUUAACGGUUUCCGUUACUUUAACUUGGUUCUGGUGACCAACGUGGCGGGUGCAGGAGAUAUCGUGCACGUGAGCGUGAAGGGAACCAACACUGGCUGGUUGAGUAUGAGCCGUAACUGGGGGCAAAAUUGGCAAUCUAAUGCUGUACUUGUGGGUCAGGCUCUUUCUUUUAGGGUCAGGGGCAGCGAUCGCCGCACAUCAACUUCAUGGAACGUGGCACCACAUAAUUGGCAGUUCGGUCAAACCUUCACGGGGAAGAAUUUCCGUGUCUAGGGAUUUUUAUUAAUGACUUGUUAAAAAAAAA